AUGGAUGGCGACUUCGACUGUCUCGAGUUGGUGAAGGCGAUCUACGGUCUCAAGCAAGCUUCACGUGUGUGGAACGAGACUUUCGACGAGUUCGUAUGCUUUAUCGGUUUCGAAGCGUCGGCGUUCGACCCAUGUCUCUACAUCAAGGUUGUCGACGGUCACUGUGUGCUCGUGCUGGUCUACGUGGAUGACGUGUUGGUCACCGGCAGCUCGCUCGAGUUGAUUGCGCAGACGAAGGCCGACCUCAAGACGCGUUUCGAGAUGACCGACAGUGGCAAGUGUACUUUUGUACUGGGCAUCGAACUGGUGGACGAAUCGGAUGGCAGCGUGACGAUGUGCCAGCGACGGUAUGUCAACGACAUCCUCAAGCGCUUCGGCAUGGAUGAGUGCAAGGCCACAGCAAGUCCGGUCGAUUUGAGCACUCGGCUUGUCGCAAGCAGCGAAGUGGCCAAGAUCGACGUUCCGUUUCGUGAAGCUGUGGGAGCUUUGAUGCACUUGACGACUGCGACGCGCCCAUACAUUGCGUAUGCCGUGGGGUAUGUCUCGCGCUUCAUGGAGAAUCCGCAGAAAGAACAUUGGACGGCGCCAAGCGACAAGAUCGACUUUCGUGGCUACUCGGACGCGGACUGGGCCGGCGACCACGCUGAUCGCAAGUCGACUUCGGGUUACACUUUCAUGCUGAUGGGUGCCCCUAUGAGUUGGGGAAGCAAGAAGCAGUCAAGUGUGUCGCUGUCAACAAGUGAAGCGGAAUACAUCGCCUUGAGUCUGGCCAUCCAGGAAGGCAAGUGGGUGCAUCGUCUGCUAUGCGAGAUUUUGGCGGCCGCAAACGAAUUAGGACCGGACCUCGUCAUCCGUGAGGACAACCAGUCGUGCAUCAAGAUGACGAAGAAUCAGGUGAAUCAUGGCCGCGCCAAGCACAUCUACAUCAAGUACCAUCACAUUCGCGAUGAGGUCAAGCGCGGUGAAGUGCAGCUCGAGUAUUGCGAGGCUUCCGUGAUGAUGGCGGACAUCAUGACCAAGGGACUUUCGGGACCUCGCCACAAGGACUUGACGACGGCUCUCGGCAUUCGUGCAAGUUCAGAUUGA